CAUUUGGAAGCCGUAAAGAGUUAAAAGAGGCCCUUUUUCAGUCCAAAAAAGAAAGGCUUUGAGUUUGCCAGCCGAAAACCCUCUCAACCGUCAAAGCGUCCUCUCUGAUUAAUUCUGAUGAAAUUGCGCAGUCGUUGAGUUCCCCGCGUCGCCGUCGACCCUCUUGAGCCGCCGUUGAGUUGCAUUGGUGCCAUCUGCUGGUUUUUCUUUCUUUGCUUAAUUGGUGAUUACAGGACCGCACCAAAGUACUUCUGUUCAAUAAUAUAACCCAGUUGAGACCGACGUACCAAAAGGAUCCUGAAUCACAAUCUUCAUCCUAAGCUCACAUUAGCGCCUAGGAUUUCAGAUUAUUAACUCUAAUGGACCCUAGAUACACAGGAGAGAUAUUGAAGCAUUUGGAGAAGCAAAGUGAGCUCCUUAAGGAAGCCAAAAUAUCAAUGUCUGAAGAAUUGCAUCAGUUGAAGGUAGAAGAAGAAAUGCUGAUGCGCAAGUUCUAUGAGAUCAUGUCAGCUCAUGGUAAAGUUAAGAAGAGUGAAGAUCCCAGUAAAGCUUCAGAUGGUGAAAUUGGAAACUCCACUGCAAUAGUCACUACUACUAGCAAUGAAGAAUGCAGAUGACUUUCAAGUUCUGUUUUCACAUUCUCGGGUGACUGUAAAUAUGCCGCACCUCCUUUUACUGCUUAAGCAAAGUUUUGAUUGUUCAAAUUGUUGCGGAGAGCGAAUGGGACGAGUCAGAUCCCACAUUGAGGCUUCAAGAUCCACAAAUUUACAUCACGCUCAGAUGAUUCUGGUUUCUGUAUCUGUACGGUGCACAUUGUACACUCUCUUGCUUAAAUCAAUUGUCUUUGAGAAUCUGAUUGAUAAAAUCCCUAAUGGUAAAUAUAAUCUCUUCCUUUUUUU